UGUCAAACUUGACAGUGCAGCAGUGACACUUCAUGCGUGGGUGAUUUGUUGUUAGACGAAAAACAAGACAAAAAUAUGGGUUUUCACAGAUUUUAUUAACACAAUUAAAAAACUUUGGACGCUGUAGACAGAAAAGCAUUUUUUGAAUAAAUUUACAGUAGUAUCGUAGCAUGUCAUCAGCUACGAUGCCCCUACUGUAUGAUGAUACUGUAGCUUUUGGAGACGAUGAUGGCUCUGGAGUUAGAAAAAAUGGUCUAAGACAUCCAUAUGUAACAUUGUUCCACUUAGCAUUCAGAAUAGCAGCAAUAGUUACCUAUAUGCUAUGUGGCUGGUUCAGUGAUAGUUUCAUAACUAGUUUUGUAGCAGUUGUAUUAUUGCUGUCCAUGGACUUUUGGACAGUCAAAAACAUCACUGGUAGAUUGAUGGUUGGUCUAAGAUGGUGGAAUUAUGUAGAUGAUGAUGGCAAAUCUCAUUGGGUGUUUGAAUCUAGACAGACUGACUCACAAAAUAUUGCUAAUGAAAGAGAAGCAAGAAUUUUUUGGACAGCCCUGGUCUUGACACCCUGCCUAUGGGGUAUCUUUUUUAUCAUUGCCUUGUUUGGACUCAAAUUGAAAUGGCUGCUGCUAGUAACCAUUGCUUUGGUGUUGAAUGGCUCAAAUCUCUAUGGCUACAUCAAAUGUAAAAUAGGCAACAAGGAGAGUGUUGGAUCUGUCACCUCAGAUUUUCUUAGGAAACAAAUACUACAAAAUGCUGUAACAAUGGUGAUGAAACAGAACAAUGCUCCUCCAUCAACUAAUAGUCCAAGCACAAACACUAUUUGAACAGUUUUUAUUUAUGUUUUGUUUGUAUUUUUACAUUUUUUGUGAUACGUGUAAUUCUUGCUUAUAUGAAAUACAUGGUAUAAAUUAAGAGUUU